AUGUUGUUCAUCGCCAAACCUAAGCUUCCUUUGUUGUUUUUGUUCCUAUCCACUCUUGUCCUCGCCACCUCUUUGUCUUCCACUCUUGCUUCUCGUAACCAGGGGAAGCUGCAGCAAUACAGGCAGCAAUGCCAGCAGCGUUGCCAGGGCCAAGGAUGGCAGUGCCAGGAGCAGUGCAAAGAGCAGCUGAGGCAGCUAGAUCAGUGCCAAGAACAGUGCCAGAUGCAGGGGCAACCGCAACACGAAUGCCAACAGAUGUGUAGGCAGCAGCUUGAACAAGGGCAGGGAUUUAAUAGUAAUUAUGGGAAGCAGCAACAAUAUAGGCAACAGUGCCAGCAGCGUUGCCAGGGCCAGGGACGCCAGUGCCAGGAGCAGUGCGAAGACCAGCUGAGGCAGCUAGAUCAGUGCCAAGAACAGUGCCGGAUGCAGGGGCAACCGCAACACCAAUGCCAACAGAUGUGUAGGCAACAGCUUGAACAAGGGCAGGGAUUUAAUAGUAAUCAGGAGAAGCAGCAGCAAUAUAGGCAGCAGUGCCAGCAGCGUUGCCAGGGCCAGGGACGGCAGUGCCAGGAGCAGUGCAAAGAGCAGCUGAGGCAGCUAGAUCAGUGCCAAGAACAGUGCCGGAUGCAGGGGCAACCGCAACACCAAUGCCAACAGAUGUGUAGGGAGCAGCUUGAACAAGGGCAGGGAUUUAAUAGUAAUCAGGAGAAGCAGCAGCAAUAUAGGCAGCAGUGCCAGCAACGUUGCCAGGGCCAGGGACGGCAGUGCCAGGAGCAGUGCAAAGAGCAGCUGAGGCAGCUAGAUCAGUGCCAAGAACAGUGCCGGAUGCAGGGGCAACCGCAACACGAAUGCCAACAGAUGUGUAGGGAGCAGCUUGAACAAGGGCAGGGAUUUAAUAGUAAUCAAGGGAAGCAGCAGCAAUAUAGGCAGCAGUGCCAGCAACGUUGCCAGGGCCAGGGACGGCAGUGCCAGGAGCAGUGCAAAGAGCAGCUGAGGCAGCUAGAUCAGUGCCAAGAACAGUGCCGGAUGCAGGGGCAACCGCAACACGAAUGCCAACAGAUGUGUAGGGAGCAGCUUGAACGAGGGCAGGGAUUUAAUAGUAAUCAAGGGAAGCAGCAGCAAUAUAGGCAGCAGUGCCAGCAGCGUUGCCAGGGCCAGGGACGGCAGUGCCAGGAGCAGUGCAAAGAGCAGCUGAGGCAGCUAGAUCAGUGCCAAGAAGAGUGCCAGAUGCAGGGGCAACCGCAACACCAAUGCCAACAGAUGUGUAGGCAGCAGCUUGAACAAGGGCAGGGCAUAAAAAUGGUGGUCAACUAG